AUGAUUAUCGUGACAGAUGAUGUGAAUCCUUCUAGGUUCGUCACAACCUACCCUCAUCUCGCCGAGUUAGUUGUCAGUCGGUCACAACUUGAACUCAGCGCAACAUCAACUCCCACACGACAACACCACCACAAACCAACCACGAUGAACGAAACUCCUCUCCUUACAGAUGUGUCAGAGCGAGCAGCAUACUUCCUGAACCCCCUGUUCAGCGAUAUCACUCUCAUAUGCGACGGGCAGUACUUCCCCGCGCAUCGUCCGAUCAUCUGUCCCCAGUCGCGGUACUUCGCUCGGACCAUUGAUCAAUCAAGACCGUAUCCUGAGCCGCGAGGACGACAGACGAACAGGACGAGACCCAUCCUCCUCCAACACACCCCGCCCUACCUGUUGAUCAGAGUCCUCGAGUUCCUGUAUAAGGGCGACUACACCGUCAGUAGUGCCACGAUCUUGAACGCAAUCGACAGCGGCCUGCUUCGCGAGAACACCGCCGUGACACGUACCCCUAACACCAACAUCGCCAACGCAGUUGACCGCGACAGGCUAGCGAUCCGCUACGCCGCGUGCUUUCACGCCAGAGUGUACGCGCAAGCCGAAUACUUCGUGAUCGAGAGUCUUCAAGCCCUCGCGGCGGACCGCUUCUCGACCGCGCUGUGGUCGCUACGUCAGGACGAGGACGGGCUCGCAGCGGCGAUGGCUGAGAUCUAUGACUGACGCGCCUGGAACUACGUGCGUCUGCACCAGCGCGUCAUGCCUGAGAUCCUGCACAGUCAGACCAUCUACCGCGCGGGCCCUGGGUUUCGAGGCCGGGCCUUGACGCCGCAGUUGCUGGAGCAAGUGCCGUGUUUGGGGCGCGAUUUGGCGUUUAUUGCGAUGGAUGAGGUGGAUCGGCUGCGGCGUCGGUUGGCUUCAGCAGAGCAGGCACUGAGUUCAGUGGUUAAUCGUGCGGAAGCUCAUAGGAGGCUGGCUCUUCGGAUAUGUGACUAAGCGAUUGGGCGUCAUUGCGACUGCUUUGCAAGAUUGCAUAACGCGUGGUUUGUAGGAUUACAAUGAUUUAUCCCCCUUUCAGGGUUCCACAUCUUGGUUGCAUUUCUCAUGUAUCUAGCAGUAGAU